UGGGGGAGCGGGGGGUGAGGGGGGGGGGGGGCGCAGAAGAACUUUGGUGAGUCGACCCGUGCGCACUGCGCUGAUGUGCCUGCGCCGUCUGCGCGCACACGCACAGCCCCCGGAGCCCCAGAGCAGCAGCAGCGGCGCAACCGACGCCGGUACGGACACCGGUGCCAGCAGCGCAAGCAGAACCAGCACCAGCAUGUCCCGGCGCAAGCAAGCCAAGCCGCAGCACCUCAAGUCGGAAGAGGACGCGCCAAUGAGCGGGAUAAUUUCUCAACAUGCUCGAGGUGAUGUGCUGGAUGAUGCUGACAGCGGGAAUGAAAGCCGCAGUGGCAGUGAAGAGACUCAUGUGUGUGAAAAGUGUUGUGCUGAGUUCUUCAAGUGGGCAGAUUUCUGUGAACAUUUAACAAGCUGCACCAAGAACCCGCUAGUGCUGAUUGUAAAUGACGAUGAGGAAACACCUAUUCCCUCCCAGGAGUACCCAGAACCCUCCCCUGUGCCCAGUUGCCCCAGUGAGCAAGCUGACAGUGAUGACGCCAGGGACGACAACCGCACGCCUGCUAGUGAGGGCGAUGAUGUCCCAGAGAUAGCCACAUCAAAUGGGGUCCGGAUCCUAGAAAAGGAGAAUGAGGAGAUGGAGGUGGAACUGUCCUCUGAAAAAAACAUGGAUCUUGAAGAAAGCGAUAUAGCAUCACCUGAAGCAGAUGGCUCCCUACCUCAGCUUGACGAUGUUAGUCCCCCAAGUGUCACGAGCUAUACCAUGCCAAGCACUAAUGUUACCUUGGAAACUCUGCAUGGUACCCGGGUGGCAGUUGCCCAGUUUUCUCAAACCAUAAGGGCAGCAGCAGGCAGCGGAGUUUCCACCAUGGCUAUCCCUAUGAUCUUGGACCAGCUUAUGGCCCUUCAGCAGCAGCAAAUACACCAGCUGCAGUUGAUAGAACAAAUACGAAGUCAAGUGGCUCUGAUGAACAGACAGACUGCCACACAGCCUGCACUUAACCACCACAGCACAAUAACUGGAAACCCUGGGCCAGUUUCCGCCUGUGCCCCCCCAGUUACAAGUCAACUUCAGCUCCACAACUUCAUCACUCCUCCUGUCCAUCAGCUGCCUGUUAGAUUGCCGGCCUCUCUCAGCAGCCAAGGUUCUUCACCUCUGACCUCUGCAAUAGAAGGGCCACACUCCCAAACAUCAAGUAGAAGUCAGCAGUCUAACUCUUCAGUGACCAAUACAUCCUCCAAUAGUUCAAUGUUUCCCCCUCCCAGUGCCUCUGGAUUGUCAGCUCUACUUCCCUCCUGCUCAUCAUCAGUCACCAACAUUAGCAUGAACAAUAGUGUGACAGGAAGCAGUGGAAUCAGUAGCAGUUCCGCUCAUCCCAGGAACUCCAGCACUCCGCCAUCACUCAGUCACAACAGCCUCCUGAACUCAGCUUCCAAUCUACCGCUGAUACCUCACAGCUCAUCAAGUAGCGUUAUCUUCCCAAACCCAUUGGCCAGCAUAGCAGCAACAGCUAAUGCACUCGACCCCCUAUCCGCUCUGAUGAAACAUCGCAAGGGGAAGCCCCCGAAUGUGUCCGUUUUCGACACAAAGCCAAGUUCUGAAGACCCUUUUUUCAAGCACAAGUGUCGGUUCUGUGCCAAGGUAUUUGGCAGUGACAGUGCACUACAAAUCCACCUGCGUUCCCACACUGGAGAGAGACCCUAUAAAUGCAACAUAUGUGGUAACCGCUUCUCUACCAAGGGAAAUCUGAAAGUCCACUUCCAGAGGCACAAAGAAAAAUACCCUCAUAUUCAAAUGAACCCCUACCCAGUUCCUGAGUACCUAGACAAUGUUCCUACAAGCUCUGGCAUUCCAUAUGGUAUGUCUUUGCCCCCAGAAAAACCUGUUACCACAUGGCUUGACAGUAAACCUGUCCUCCCUACUGUUCCGACAUCAGUUGGGCUCCAAUUACCUCCCACAUUACCAAGUAUGAUGGGGGGUUUUGGUGAUUCUGCGAACCUCACUCCACUAAAUAGGUCCCCGCAAAGGCCUUCACCCCCAUCAAGCGAAUGCGCAUCAUUGUCUCCUAAUAUAGUUAUCGACUCUGGAGUUACCACUACUUCGACUUCUCCAAAACCCACAGCAGGGAGCGAUGUACCCCCUCUCCUGAAACCCGAAGGCAUUCUCCUGCCCCCAACCUGCCCUAGUCGGCCUGGGGAAAACACCACUACCACAACAACAGUAUCUCAUGUGGUUCUCUCCACUGCCAUCACCUCCACAACAAUUACAACUAGUUCCCUGGUUACCGAACCCAUCAACAGCCCAAACUCUUAUUCAAGCCCAUUGUCCCAUCCUGUUCUCCCCAUGCUCUCUGAUCAAUUUAAAGCUAAAUUUCCAUUUGGAGGCCUACUAGACUCUAUGCAAACUUCAGAGACAUCAAAGUUGCAACAGCUUGUUGAAAAUAUUGACAAGAAAAUGACCGACCCCAACCAGUGUGUCAUUUGCCACCGUGUUCUGAGCUGUCAGAGUGCUCUCAAGAUGCAUUACCGAAUCCACACUGGUGAGCGACCUUUUAAAUGCAAGAUAUGUGGGCGGGCAUUCACCACCAAGGGUAAUCUUAAAACACAUUUUGGUGUUCAUCGAUCCAAACCCCCACUACGAGUCCAGCACUCAUGUCCGAUAUGUCAGAAAAAGUUCACCAACGCUGUUGUUCUCCAACAACAUAUCCGUAUGCACAUGGGUGGCCAGAUCCCAAACACUUUAGUCACAGACAACAUUCAGGAAAUGGACACAGACCUGUCGUUUGAUGAAAAAAGCAUAGAUGCAAUGAGCAAUUAUGAUGAUGAUCUUCUGGAUGAAAUGGAGCAGGCUAUAGAUGAUGAAGUUGACUUAAAAGAAGGUGAAAUGGACCCAUUAAAACCUUAUACACCUGGAAGCUCUCCACCAACUUCCAUUAUGUCUAGCAUUGCUGCUAUAGAGAACCAGAUGAAGAUGAUUGACUCCACUGCAAAAAUGACCAGUUCGUUUAUUCAAAAGCCGAGUCAAAAUUUCUGCAGCUAUGGAAGUGAGAAUGAAUGUUUUCCUACUGAUUCCCUGUCUGCAGUUGGAGAUGCAGAAUCUCAAGGCUUGGGGAGCCCUGCUCUGUCAGAGUCCUCUGACUCUUUACAACAUUUCUCCCCAGCUCACAGCCACUGUGAGAACCAGCGAUCCCAGUCCCCAGCUAUUCUCAACAGUCACAACAGUGCCAUGGCAGUAGAGGAGAGCCAGGAGAACAAUGCAGCUGGCUUGGCAACUGUGAAGUCUGAAAAAUCAGAAACCCCGUCUCCACUUCCAGCAACAGAAAGCAAUGGGGCCCUGGACCUGACUGCCAUUCAACCGAGCAGACACUUUAUCAAGGAGGAGAGCCCCUUCAGUAUGCUGUUUCUAAAUAGAGAUCGAGGUCUAAACACUCCAAACUUGGCCAGCACUGCAUCAAAUAUGAUCAAAAUGGAAAUGAAUGGGCACAGCAAGUCAUUAUCUUUGAGCGACAAUUCCCACCUACCUGUGGGUAUCCAGGUUCCCACUGCUGCAGCUCCCCAGACCACCCUGAGUCCCAGUACCAACCCCAUGUUGGCUCCCCCACCGCCACGACGCACCCCAAAGCAGCACAACUGCCACUCUUGUGGGAAGAAUUUCUCUUCCGCCAGUGCUCUGCAAAUCCACGAGCGCACACAUACUGGAGAAAAACCUUUUGCCUGCUCCAUCUGUGGACGGGCCUUCACCACUAAAGGCAAUCUAAAGGUCCACAUGGGAACACACAUGUGGAACAAUGCACCAGCACGCAGAGGGCGGCGACUAUCUGUGGAAAAUCCCAUGGCCCUACUGGGUGGGGAUGCAAUGAAGUUCAGCGAAAUGUUCCAAAAGGACCUGGCGGCUCGGGCCAUGAACGUCGACCCCGGUUUUUGGAACCAGUAUGCAGCUGCUAUCACCAAUGGCUUGGCCAUGAAGAACAAUGAGAUCUCUGUGAUCCAAAAUGGAGGUAUCACCCAGCUACCUGUCAGCCUUGGUGGUGCAGGAAUAACUUCCCUGCGAGCCAUGCCUGGUGCAAUGGACCGUCUGCACACAGGCAGCAGCCCUCCUAUGACCGCGAUUCAGAAAGCUACACUUGAGGUCGGGGCAAGCCGCCCCUUCUCCAGGUAUAUGGAGGAAAACAAAGAAAUUGGGAUCAAUUAAAGAAAGACAACUCUUUCUACCCUUGAAGCAAAGACUGAAAGUCGAACAGGGAAAGCAACUGCUGAUCCAGUCUAAAACCCAUGUUACUAUAUUAUGUACAGAUGAAAUAUUUUUGCUUUUGGAAAUAUUGUAUUUAGUGUUGAUUAGAGGUUUUUGCCUUCCACCCGUUCCUUGUUCACUUGAUAUUGAGAAAGAUGCUUUGUCUCUUGUUUGGGAAUACAGUAUGUUGUUUUGCAAGAUUUGCAUGAUACUUACAGUUUUUAUCUGUAUGUUUGACUGCAUUUAUGAAUUCCUUUGAAAACCGAGAUUUUGCCUUAUUUACAAUGGGCUAACAUCUUGGACAGGAAUAAACCCAAAAGAAUGAAAGUUUGUUUCAUAGACAUUCAGUCAACCUUCUUUGAGUGGUCUUUUAGACUGAAAAAGGGCCAUGGAUAGACUGCAGUAUAGUGUUUCUGUGCUCGCCUGAUAUUUUGUUUCUCAUGAACUAGAAAACUUGAAAAAAAUAAUGUUUUAACUAUUUUAAUCUUUACAGUUAGUCUCAAAGCAUUGUCUUAUAUUGUCCUGUGUCUUUGGUAUUUAUGAUAUUGAAAAAAGAAAGCGGGUAUACAAAAAUAUAUUUAAUGACCCAAGCAUUUUAUUGAUUCCAUUGUUUUUAUUUUCCAAUCUACAGGCUUCACUGAUGAAUAUCUUUUUCAAUAAAAAAAACAGUCAGUCAUUUUAGUUUAAUAACAGAGAAUAGGCUGAGGUUUUUAUUUGGAUAUCUGGUAAGACUCUCUCAAUACACGGAGGCGACGUUAUAUGAGGCUGAAGAAGUCCAAAGCUGCUAUGACCACAACCCUGCUUUUAACCUUUGUAAAAAAGAAAAAAAAAUAGUGCUCCUUUUGAAGAAUUAUCUAUGUAUAGAAAUGCAAACAAAUCUAAAACAGGUAUGCAUAUUUUGUAUCACAUAAAGAUAGACAUCACAUGAGUUGAAAGUAUUUGUCAUGUUUGUGAAUGCACUUUUUAAAAAUAAGACGUUUUGUCUGUGAUACUGUUAAACUUUUGACUGAGCUAUCUAUCCGUGUUGUUUUCAUUUUCAGUUUACCACUCCUGCAAUUUGCAUUUGGUUAUUGCAUUAGUACUACUUUAGAGUGCAAACUCAUAAGUCAAUCAAAACCUUCUUAAAUAAAACAAUGACCACAAUGGUGUCUUUUGACUUGUUUUCCUCCUCUGCAUUAUAGUACCAUGUUUAAAUGUGAUUUUGUCAAAAUAAAAGGCAUACUCUAUGGCCUUAAAAUGUAAA